GGUGGCCUGAAUUGUUGAGGAGGAAAACUUGUUUACAACGUCAAGUUUUUAUCUGCUUUUUCCCAUUUCCAAUGCAUCAAAUUCGAAACGCUUGCGAUGGCUCUGGAGCACAUGGUGACUGAAGAAAGGGAGGUCUUUGGUGCACCUGCCGUGGACCCAAAGAGCCAUCUGUUCGAUCGGAUGGUAUUAAACAAAAGGCCCUGGUUCAGCACGACAGGCUUCAAUCACAAGCCCAUUUGCUUUCAUUUAACUUUUGGCAAAGGCAGGCCAGAGAGUUUUUUUUUAAAAAAAGAAAGAGACAUGUUACCUCCACGCUAACGAAGCAAACCUCGUCCUUCGCAAUUAAGUAUGGUGCUUGCAGAUGUGGGAAGGAAUGGCAUAUUCUUGGCUCUGUUGCGAUUUUAAAAGGGUUUCCUUUUUGUUUUUGGCCCUUCUCCGAGCCAACACACAGCCCAAGGAUUGAAACAAAUCUUGGAAAUCGGGGCCAUGGAAGUUAAAAGGGUCCGAGUCCGACUCUUUUCCGGUUCGUUAUUCGGGUCUGAAGAUCCUUAACGAGAAAUUGGCGCACGGCGAUGGAGGAAACAAAAUUUUUCAUUCAAACUGUAAAUCGAAACAAAAAUGGUGGAAGCAGAUUUAAUUGACCGGUGAAACUCUUAAACCCAAACCAGAUCCGCCCCCAAGAAAAAGCGAGAGCAGAAGAAAAAACAGAAUGGAGAAGAAACAAAGCAACCCAAAGGAGUGGUUGAAUCAAAUGGUAGGAGAGCCGUAUUAUCUCACCCAUUUCCUCGCUUUCUUCUCUUAUUUCAUCGUUCGCAGCUCUGCUUCCCUCGCCCUUUCUCCUCACAUCACUCAGCUUCUCUUUUAUCGGGAAAUUCAAGCUAUUCUGGCAUUUUUUAUGCUGAUUGCAUACAAGAUGGUAAGAGAAGAAACAUGGGAGGCUUUUGUUGCUGAUACGUUGUUUUUUGGAAAGAUUUUGCUUGUUGCCCUUACUCUAAUCGUGGACUACCACUUGACUUUGUGGUACAUAGUGGUGUUUUCAGUGUUUUGUUUUGCUGUCCUUACAGUGAUAUAUGUUUUAACACAGCAACCUUCUUACCAAGAACUAGGUACUGCUAGUAAAUUAACACCAUUGCAAUUGGAAGCCUUGCUAACUGAAGGGAACCCAUCAAGAUUUUGGCUGGGAAUGCUGGUAUUACAAAUGAAGACAGAGAUUGCACUGGUAGAGUUCCGUGCUUCAUUUUCAUCUGGUUGCAGACGUGCAAGUCGGUGCUUUCCUGAGCUGUCAAUCACAUAUUCAAACAAAAAUCUAUCAUUUGGAAUAGUUGAUCUUGGACUUUUUCCAAAUGCUGCAGAAAAAUUUGGAAUAUCUCCUGGUGGGAGCAUGGGACAGCUUCCUACAUAUAUAUUAUUUGAGAAUGCUACGGAGGUCACACGCUUUCCUGAGUUUAAUUUCGAAGCAAGGCCUGCUCCUCCUAUAACUAAGAGGCUUCUUUCUCGCCAUUUUGAGCUUGAUCGGCAUCUUCUUGAAUAUGUAAACGGAAAAUAGCUGAUUCAUGUAGGCUACACGUAGCAUUUGCAGACUUGAACUUGUGAUUCCUACUUUUUGAAUGAUUAGAGAUGGUCUUACAGCUAAAGAGCACCAGGAACUAUUGCAGCCACAUUAGGGAGUAGAUAAUCAACCAAGCUUCCUGUAUAACUACCAAAUGGAGGUCAACAUUCCUGUUUGUUCCACUUUUCGACUCAUGUGAUUGAUUGGUGGAUUUUGUUAUUGGCAUUCUUUAAAUGUAAACGUCAAGAGUGGAAUGUGAAAACAUGCUUCUGCCUUUGGAAUAAGCAUGUGAAAACGUGCUUCGUGCUGAAUGUUCUGCAUUCCAGCAAUUCUUUUCUCAUUUUCUUGUUAAGGGAUAACCCCUGAAGAAAUUGAAGCACCAAUUCUAACAUUAGCCGCUACAUGGCAUGACGAUAAUUCUUCAUCCGUGUUUAACUUUUUGGCCCUGAAGAAAAUCAAGCAACUCAAGUCAAUUUCUAGGGCUUCUAGGCCUGCUCAUGGGU